GGGAUUCGGUGAUUCCUUGUGCCUUCUCCUCGCUUUACGCCAUCCCCCGUCCCCUUUAGGCCGUCUCUCCGCCCGCUGUAGCCCCGUCUCCCCUCGGGGGCGGUAGGUGCAGGGGAAGGUCUCGCUGCCUCAGGGACCGGACAGAACCCAGCGAAAUGGAUGACUUCCGCUCCAUCUGCCUGCUCUCUCUGGCCAUGCUGGUGGCCUGCUAUGUGGCAGGAAUUAUCCCUUUGGCAGUUAAUUUUUCCGAGGAAAGAUUAAAGUUGGUGACUGUUCUGGGUGCAGGGCUGCUGUGUGGAACUGCCUUGGCUGUCAUUGUGCCAGAAGGAGUACAUGCACUUUAUGAAGACAUCUUGGAAGGGAAGCAUCACCCUGCAAGCGAGAUGCAGCAUGUGAUGGAGUCUGAGAAGGUGGCAGAAAUCCCGGUUGUGCAUGAGUAUGGCCAUGACCAUUCCAGGUUACAUGCCUACAUUGGUGUAUCCCUUGUCCUUGGCUUUGUCUUCAUGCUGUUGGUGGAUCAGAUAGGCAGCUCUCAUGUGCACUCUACAGAUGAUCCAGAAGCUGCAAGAUCUGGCAACUCCAAAAUCACAACAACACUGGGACUAGUAGUUCAUGCUGCAGCUGAUGGUGUUGCAUUGGGUGCAGCAGCUUCAACUUCUCAGACUAGUGUCCAGUUGAUAGUGUUUGUUGCAAUUAUGUUGCACAAGGCACCAGCUGCCUUUGGCCUGGUUUCCUUCCUGAUGCACGCUGGGCUGGAACGGAAUAGAAUUAGAAAACACUUGCUGGUCUUUGCGUUAGCAGCACCUGUUAUGUCAAUGGUGACAUACUUAGGGCUAAGCAAGAGCAGCAAAGAAGCCCUUUCAGAAGUUAAUGCCACCGGAGUUGCUAUGCUGUUUUCUGCUGGGACUUUUCUUUAUGUUGCCACAGUUCAUGUCCUCCCAGAAGUAGGAGGAAUUGCUCAUAGCCACAAAUCUGAAUCAAAUGGAGGAAAAGGACUCAGUCGUCUGGAGGUGGCAGCCCUAGUAAUAGGAUGCCUUAUUCCUCUAGUUUUGUCCAUUGGACACCAUCACUAAAUGCUCGAAUUUCACCGUUCUCCUCGAUCUGACAUGAGCAGUAACUGUCGGCUGCUCCCUUUAUCAUUGUCUCUUACCCGUCAUCCAUCCCAUCCACUUCAUGGAGUUCAGAGGGAACGUUAAUUGCAAAAUGAGGAAUACUGGGAAAGCUUUUAGUGUAGCAAAAUGUACUUUGAUAGCCGGACGUAAUUCUGUGUAACUUUCUUUUCUGAAGACAUUUGCUAUUUUAAUUGUUACUUCUGGCCCUAUUCUCAGGGAAGAUGGAAUUUGGAGUUUAAGAAAGGUGAGCAGGGAAGAACAUAGCGACUCAUCAUGAAAUUUCUAUCACCAAAAUAUCCUGCAAUUCAGCUUUCACAGCUGAGAGCAAAAACAAAGGAUGGCUGCUGUGUGAGAGGUUGAAGUCUUACUAAUGAUGAAGAGGGUUUCCCCUCAUUGGUUCUGUGUUGUCCUGACAAUGCAACUGGUCCUUGUGAUGUUUGUCACUAAUUGUAUGGCAAAAGUGGGCUGCACUUGGAACUCUGGACAGCACUGCAAUUGUCACAGAAGUGUCACUGAUAGGAAAGAAUUGGUAUAAUCAAAGUGUAGGAUUAGAGUAGGGAAUCAGCUGGUUAAGAAAGUGCAAACAAAUUUUGCAAUGAAUUCCAGUAAGACAAAGAAUAGAAGCAAGGAGAGUAGUGUUUUGAUUGUUUAUGCAACUGUUAACAAACUUUUAAAAGGCA